GGGUCAUCGGUCGCUAAAGGUUGUCGUCAUUCAAUGAGGUCAAUUUGACCGCUUGAUGAUUCCGUGUGUCCAAGAGUUGUUCAAGGUUCUGAUCGUUCAUUUCAUUUUCAUAAAUCCAGAACACCUUUGAUGGCUUCACAAAAGAACAGGCGACUCUUGGCGUCCUUCAACCGUGUGGGGUUUCUGUUUUGAGCCAAUUGUUUGUUGACUCGAGGUCGGACAAAGGUAUCUCGCCCUUGCGCCUUUGAACGCCCCCUUCGUUCUCCCUUCCUUGCCGCAUGAAGACAGGCAUUGACCAUGUCCUUCGUUCAUAAAAAUCGCAUCAAUGCUUUUGCCUCGUUUUCCUCCAUGCAUAGAGAAUCCCCUCCAGGCGGCAGGAUGCGGCGCCAACGCCUGGUCGUCUCGUUAGCAACCCUGGUCUUUGUGUGCAUCUCCCUUAUUCUACUUAGAGACACAACGGUUCCUCGCUCGUCCCACGGACUCAGUGCGCCAUUCGAGGCAAACCCUUUGCCGUCCUCUCACCCGCCCUCUCCUUCGCUCGCGGUGCCAAAUCCUAUCGAGCCCUCAAAAGGUCGCCAAGCGCUUCAUCCACAAAAUGUCCACCCGGUGGCCAGUCUCAUUCAAGAUGCUGAGCAGGAGUUUACCCACUUGCGGUCGCGACAAUCGAAGACUUUGGCCGAUGCGGUGAACGAAUAUCGCCGUCGAUAUAACAUGCAUCCUCCCCCCAACUUCGACAAAUGGUUUCAGUUUGCUCAAGCAAAAGGAGUUCAGCUAAUCGAUGAAUAUGAUACUAUCUACCAUUCUCUACUGCCAUUCUGGUCUCUAGAGCCGAAGACAAUACGAGAAAGAGCCCAUGAAGCCUUGGGAUAUGACAACGCGAUGAUCGGAGUUCUGAUCAGAGAUGGCAAGGUUACGCACACGGAAGGGGGCCACGAAGGAUAUGAAUGGCAGCAAGAUGCAACUGCUGACAUGCUGAAAAGCUUUAUUCAGUACUUGCCGGACAUGGAUCUAGUAUUCAACACCCACGAUGAGCCCCGAGUGAUUGUUCCCAGCGACGACCUCCAAAGACUGGUUAACUUUGCCAAAGAUCACGCAAUCCCCAAGGCUUUCCACAAGCAAUCACUGGUGAAUAAAUGGUCAGAUAAGCCUGCCGACCUGAACAAGGGCGACCGGGUUGAUGAGGUGCGCACCACGCGCUUUAACCGAUUUGCGCAUCAACCCACCUGGACAAGUUCUCGGGCUUCCUGUCCACCAGAUACCCCUGCACGUUCCCUCAAUGAGAGUGAGCCAGAUAAUUUGGAGGUCUAUGCGCAUGGUGACUUGGGGUUCAUCUACAACACGACUGCUUUUUCUGACAUAUGUAACACGCCUUCUCUUCGGUAUAAAUACGGCUUCUUCGACCGGGCCAACGCAUUCGACGUGGUCCGAGACCUGUUCCCAGUGUUCUCUCAAAGCAAGAUCUCAAGCUUUCAGGAUAUACUCUACCCUAGCCCGUGGUACUGGGUUGAUAAGGUACCGUAUGAAGAGGAGAAGGAUCACAGUUGGGAUGCGAAGGCCGACAAAUUGUACUGGAGAGGCUCCACAACCGGUGGGUUUGCGCGGGCAGGCGGAUGGCGACGUCAGCAUCGACAGAGAUUCGUCAGCAAUAUAAACACUCAGAGCAUAGCGAAAGUGUUGUCCAAAAAUGGCAAUGACCAGUGGGAGUUAAAUGAAGUCAGCCGCGACCCUUACCGCGAGCAUUUCGAUGUCAAGUUUACAUACAUUGGCCAAUGUGACCCGAAUGACUGUGCUGCGCAGGAAGAAUUCUUUGUUGUGGGUGAACCAGCCGGCCAGCAGGACGCUUGGGCGUAUAAAUACCUGGUCGAUAUCGAUGGGAAUGCUUUCAGUGGCCGUUAUUAUGCCUUUCUGCGCAGCCAUAGCUUGGUUUUUAAAAUUGCCAUCUUCCGCGAGUGGCAUGAUGAAUGGCUCAAGCCAUGGGUCCAUUACGUUCCCUUGAGUUUGGCGGGCGAUGAGUAUGUGGAAACUACGAGGUACUUUGCUUCGGAAGAAGAAGGUAGGACCGCAGCACCACGAUUAGCUCAACAGAGUCGGGAUUGGGCGCAAAAAACCUUGCGCCGUGAAGACUUGGAAGUCUGGUUUUUCAGGCUCUUGCUAGAAUACGGGCGCCUAGUCGACGACAAUAGGGAGAACCUGGGAUUUUCUCUUUGAUGGACGUCUGUCUGACUGAUCUCGUUCAUCAUUUAUCUCACGAUCCCAUGUAUGGCUCUCUUACAGUGCAUUUUCAUUUCUUUCCUUUGUUUUGCUUUGCUUACAUUUAUGACUACUUUAUGCCCUGUACAAUACCCAUGACAACAGGAUCGCGAAUUGGCUGGAUGCAUUAAAUGGGAGGCGUUCUGGUGUUUUUGUAUACUUACUUACCGUCAAUGCAUUUGAUCGGCUAUCUAUCUUAUACCAAGGAUCUUUAUUAGUUCUGUUGUCAUGGCAACAGAAAC